AGUAGGACCUUUUCUGGCUGGAGUGGCAACUGGGCCUGCCUGGCUGAAGCUCACUGCGUCGGUACUAGAGUCCUACAGGUAUAGGACUCUGGUCGGGAUUUGACAUGGCGGCCACUACGCGUCUCUGCUAACGGUGAAGCGGCCUAUUCCUUCAAAUUAAUAAACUCUAAGUGAAUUUGGCGUGCAUCCCGCUCGAAUUCCUGGUAAUGUUGAAAUAUGAAAAGUACUGUUGCUAAGGUACCCAUCUCUUCCGAUUCUGGUUCAAAGAAUACUGCUGUCAAACCACAGGCUGCGUUGUCACAACCUGUAAAACGUAAGAAAAGGAGAAGAGGCAGACGCACUUUGUUUUAUAGGACAAAGCAGAAGACAAAGAAACCCACAGUCAGUGGUAUUGAAAUUGAAAUAUGUCCCACCACAUUUGAUUCGGACUCAGAAGUUGACAGAAAUGUCUCCAGUUCCCUCAAGGCAAAGGAUCAUGAAGCAGACCAAUCUCUUGAUGCAGGAGUACUCUCUGACCAGAAUGUUACUCGUACAGAGAAUGGUGUUGGUGCACUUCACGCAGUUUCCCCAGCAAAAGCUGCUGUGGGCAGUAAAUCAGACUUGAGCCCAAACAUUAAAGAAGCAGAUCGAUCUACUGUUUUGGAAAUGAAAUGUAAGACAAGGAGAAGAGGCAGACGUUCUUUGUUUUACACAGCAAAACAGACGACAAAGAAAUCCACAGUCCAUGCUAUUGAAGUGGAAACACGUCCCCCCACAUUUGAUUUGGACACAGAAGAAGACAGAAAUGUCAAGGCAAAGGAUCAUGAAGCAGAUAAAUCUCUUGAUGAAGAAGUACUUUCUGACCAUAAUGAGGAUGUUGGCAGUGCAAUUCACACAAGUACCCCUGUCAAAGUCACUGUCAGCAAUAAAGCUGAUGAGAUUAAUGAAGCAGAGCAAUCCACCAUUGUGGAAAUAAAAUUGGAAUUACAUGAUCAUGAUUCAGAAAGAGAGGUUCAAGAGAUUGGUCCGAGUGCAAUCCACAGCAGCACCCCUGUCACAGCUACCAUGGGUGGACAAUCAGAGCUUAGCCUUGCAUCUGCAACAUGUCUCUCAAUUGAUCCCUUCCUGUCUGAUGAUGGCAUAACUCGCCACCAAGUGACAAUUAAGAACUGUGAUUCCACUCUGUCGGUUACUAUAGGAAAUGAUAGUACACAGCCAUCAACAGCUCCUCUUAAAAUUCCUACGGAGAACAACAUUUACAGCCGUAUUGAUGAAGUGAGAGUGCCAUUAAUUGUGAACUGGAGCAAUGGCAGCUUAUCGAAUUCUGGACCCCCUUCCUCCAUGACGGAUGGUGCAAGCCCCACUUAUGGACCACACAUUAUGCCACAAUUUGAUGGUGUCAGUGUCGACCUUAUCGACUCAUUACUGAAGCAUCUGAAGUGCUUCCUCCCAGCACCAUGGCAGCCAAUUAGUCGUCAAAAUGGAGUCAGUGCCCUGGUUUUUUCUUCAGGUGAACUCACUCCUGUAGAGAAAGUCGUGUUUGUGGACUAUGAGCAGGGUUCUGUAAAAAUUGGCAUUCUUUCAAAAUCGGUGCCUGAAAACCACAGUAUAUGGAAAGAAACAGGAAACAAAUUGCCUCUCCGCCAUGAUAAUGUUCAGGCUUUCUCAAAUCGUGUAGUAAAAAUUGUGAAUGCUGUUUGUCAAAUGAAAGUGUGCCCUGGUAUUGAAAGUAAUGAAGUGAACUCAAAGAUAUUAAGUUCCAGAAAGGAUGUGACUCUUGAUGACAAUGUAUUUGAUGAUUCCUGCUACAGAUCCAAGCACUGUUCUCUUCUAGUACCACUGCGGCGAAAGAAGUGUGCCACUUGUUGUAGACUCGCGGACAUAAUUUAUGCUCGUGAAAGGAGGAUUGCUGCAUCUAAGAAGUUAAUUAAUAAUCGUACAACAACCAGUGGUGAAUCACAAAACCGGACCAAAACUCCUAAAAGGAACACACGGCAUGAUUAUUUGACAAGCAGUGCAUCAAAAAGACUCCUCAAGAUAAAGCAACAGAAAAUAAAAUUAAGUGACCAGACUAUUCGUAGACUUACAGCUCGGAUAGUAAAGAUGUUGGAUACUGAAGGAAUCGAUAUUGAUUGUCAAUUGAGUAAAAAUUUGAACAUCGUUUUAAAAAAUAAUAAGCUCACUGACAUUCAAAAAAUAUUUUUAGAGCAGCAAAUGCGAGCUUCUGCUGUGAAGAGCAAGACAGGCAUGAGGUGGCACCCCAUGAUGAUACGUUUUGCACUGCACCUGAAAAGCAUAUCCCCUGCUGCAUAUGAUGCUGCAAGACAAAGUGGAAUGAUAGCUUUACCCUGUGUUCGAACACUCUUUGAUUACUCAUCAGUUUACAAGCCUGAAACUGGUACCAAUGCAAAGAUUUUAGAGGAUAUUUCAAAGAAAGUAAGUGAGCUGAAGGAAUCCUACCAAAAGUUUCAUGUUCUAAUGUUUGAUGAGAUGACAACCUCUCAGAAUCUGGUAUAUUCAAAGGAAACUGGGGAACUAUUUGGCUAUGCCCAUUUGAGCGAAGUCUCAAAGGAAAUGAAUGAACUGCAAAGGCAGCUGGAAGGUGAAAAAGAAGUAGAAUGCACUCCUCCAAUUGCAGAUCACAUGUUGACCUACAUGAUCAAAGGGACUGCAUCUGGGGUGAAGGAAGCUGUGGCUUCAUAUCCUACCAAAAAGUUGACCAAGGAGCAAUUGUAUGAGAGAACUUGGGAUGUCAUUGGCAACUUAGAAUUAGCUGGUGUUGCCGUUGUUGCUCUUAUUUCAGAUGGUAAUACAGUUAAUAGGGCAUUUUAUCAGAUGCAUGUACCAGUGACUACAAAUGAAAAUGGAAUUGUAUUUGACACAGUCAACUUUUGCUCUGCUGAAGGAAGGACUUUGUACUUCUUCAAUGAUGUUCCUCAUUUGUUGAAAUGUAUUCGGAACAACUUCAUGAGCUCCGGCAUACAUCCAGCAAAGACUCGCCUUCUGAUGAAGAAUGGGCAGAUCAUUACAUGGGAUACUAUUGUGCGCAUGUUCAUGGAAGAAAAGGAUGAAACCUGGACCUUUGGCUACAAGUUAAACCAACAAAAUGUAUAUCCAGACUCCUAUUCGAGAAUGAGGGUCCCUUUAGCAGCCCAAGUUAUGAGUGACACCGUUUCAAAAAUGAUUGGCAUUCUUGGAUACAAAGAUUGUGAAGAGACUGCAAUUUUCAUCAAGAAGGUGAACGAUUUCUUUGAUAUGCUUAAUGGAGCACAUUCUGAUCAAGAAAUGAAGACACGCAACAAAAAUCUGGCGAGGUAUGACAAUCACUUUGACCCCAGGUUCACGGAGCUUCUGGAUUUCUUGAAAUAUCUGAAGGAAUGGAAAGAGGACGCUCGUGCAGCAACUAUCCAUCUCCAGAAGAAAGAUGAAGAGUGCAGUGCAAGACAGUUGAGUUGGCAAACCCAAGAGGGUAUUGAGCGCACUAUUCAUGCAUUUAUUGGCUGCACUCGAUUUCUUUUAGCUAGUGGCCAAAAAUAUGUUAUGGCUCGAGUAUUUUGUCAAGAUCCAUUGGAGCAAUAUUUUAGCCAUCAGCGUGCCAUGGGAGGUGGAAAUAGAAACCCCAAUGCAGACACUUUCCUAAGAAAUAUGAACUCCAUUCAUAUAGUUGGUGAAACAGGUUUCAAGAGGAAACGUGGAAACACUCUGGCUACUUCUUCUGAAGGAAUGUCUGUGCUUUCCACUCCAAUGGAAAAGAAGCCAAGACACAACACUAAACGCUGCCUUGCUGAAAAGUAUCCGUUUAUGUUUUCAGAUUGAAUGUUUUG